CGUAUGCUAGAAAUGUACAGUGUGAUAGUGACGUAGCUAUCUGUUUUUCUCAUUUUUAACUUACAGUAUAAUCAAAGUGAUCCAUGAUAAAACAGUACAUAUUGACAUAAUGUCCGAUGAAGAGGUCCCGUCCACCUCCCGGGAGCCUGAACCCGAAUCGGAAGAGAAAGAGGACCCUCCAUUUCUGCUGAAGCCUCCCCCCAAGGCAGCCACCAAGGCGGAGGGAGAAGUCGAUCCAGAGUAUGAAGAGAAGAGGAAAGCAGAUCGGGCAAACAGGUUUGAGUUCCUGUUAAAGCAGACAGAACUCUUUGCCCACUUCAUCCAGCCUGCGUCUCAGAAGUCUCCCACAUCUCCGCUGAAAGUGAAGCUGGGGAGACCCCGUGUCAAGCAGGAUGAGAAACAGAACCUCCUCUCUGUCGGAGACAACCGCCACCGACGCACAGAGCAGGAGGAGGAUGAGGAGCUGCUGUCGGAGAGCAGGAGGGCUGCGAACGUCUUGGUUCGAUUUGAAGAAUCCCCAUCCUAUGUAAAAAAUGGAGCACUGAGAGAUUACCAAAUCCGAGGUCUCAACUGGAUGAUCUCCCUGUAUGAAAAUGGCAUAAAUGGAAUUCUGGCUGAUGAAAUGGGUUUGGGUAAGACUCUUCAAACCAUUGCACUCUUGGGAUAUUUGAAGCACUACAGGAACAUUCCAGGACCCCACAUGGUCUUGGUGCCCAAAUCAACACUACACAACUGGAUGAAUGAGUUCAAACGCUGGGUGCCAUCCCUUAAAGCCGUCUGUCUCAUCGGAGAUAAGGAUGCCAGAGCCGCUUUCAUCCGUGAUGUCAUGAUGCCCGGCGAGUGGGACGUCUGUGUCACGUCAUACGAAAUGGUGAUCAGGGAAAAAUCCGUCUUCAAGAAGUUCAACUGGAGAUACCUGGUCAUAGAUGAAGCCCACAGGAUCAAAAAUGAAAAGUCCAAGCUGUCUGAAAUUGUACGUGAGUUUAAGACCACCAACCGGCUCCUGCUGACCGGAACCCCACUCCAGAACAACCUCCACGAGCUGUGGUCGCUGCUCAACUUCCUCUUACCAGACGUCUUCAAUUCUGCAAACGACUUCGAUUCGUGGUUUGACACAAACAACUGUCUGGGGGACCAGAAACUGGUGGAGCGUCUGCACGCGGUGCUGCGGCCAUUCCUGCUCCGGCGCAUAAAAGCAGAAGUGGAGAAAAGUUUGCCGCCCAAAAAAGAAGUGAAAAUAUACCUCGGGCUGAGCAAGAUGCAGAGGGAAUGGUACACGAGGAUACUGAUGAAGGACAUCGAUAUCCUCAACUCCGCCGGGAAGAUGGACAAGAUGCGGCUGCUGAACAUCCUGAUGCAGCUGCGGAAGUGCUGCAACCACCCGUACCUGUUUGACGGGGCGGAGCCCGGCCCGCCGUACACCACCGACACUCACCUCGUCACCAACAGCGGGAAGAUGGUCGCCCUUGAUAAGCUGCUUCCGAAGGUCAAGGAGCAAGGGUCCAGAGUCCUCAUAUUCAGUCAGAUGACCCGAGUCUUGGACAUCCUGGAAGACUACUGCAUGUGGAGAGGCUAUGAAUACUGCCGUCUGGACGGGAACACCCCCCACGAGGCUAGAGAGCAAGCAAUAGAGGCAUACAACGCCCCGAACAGCACCAAGUUCAUCUUCAUGCUGAGCACCAGAGCGGGAGGGCUUGGUAUAAACCUGGCGACAGCAGACGUUGUCAUCCUCUACGACUCUGACUGGAACCCACAAGUAGACCUGCAGGCGAUGGACCGCGCACACCGAAUUGGUCAGAAGAAAACUGUGCGUGUGUUUCGCCUCAUUACUGAUAACACGGUUGAAGAGAGGAUCGUGGAAAGAGCGGAGAUGAAACUGAGGCUGGACUCCAUUGUGAUACAACAAGGGAGGCUGAUUGACCAACAGUCCAACAAACUGGCGAAGGACGAGAUGCUGCAGAUGAUCCGCCAUGGCGCCACGCACGUCUUCGCCUCCAAAGACAGUGAGCUGACGGACGAAGACAUCAACACGAUCCUGGAGAGGGGAGAAAAGAAGACAGCAGAGAUGAAUGAGCGCCUGAAGAAGCUGGGAGAGAGCUCUCUCAGAAACUUCACGGUGGACACCGGGAGUGCAGAAACCAGCCUCUACAAUUUCGAAGGGGAGGACUACAGGGAAAAGCAAAAGCUCAGCAUGAUGGAGUGGAUUGAACCUCCCAAAAGAGAACGGAAAGCCAAUUACGCUGUGGAUGCGUAUUUCAGAGAGGCUCUGAGAGUCAGCGAGCCUCGAGCUCCUAAGGCCCCACGGCCCCCAAAACAGCCCAACAUCCAGGACUUCCAGUUCUUCCCUCCCCGCCUGUUUGAGCUGCUGGAGAUGGAGAUCCUGCACUACAGGAAGACAAUCGGCUACAAGGUUCCCAGGACUCCAGACAUCCCCAACGCGGCACAGGUGCAGAAGGAGGAGCAGAGGAAGAUUGACGAGGCCGGGCCCCUCUCCCCUGAGGAGACGGAAGAGAAGGAGAAGCUCCUCACGCAGGGGUUCACAAGCUGGAACAAGCGUGACUUCAAUCAGUUCAUCAAAGCGAAUGAAAAAUACGGACGUGAUGACAUCGACAACAUCGCCCGUGAGGUGGAGGGAAAAAGCCCUGAAGAGGUCAUGGAAUAUUCUGCUGUUUUCUGGGAGAGGUGCAAUGAGCUCCAGGAUAUUGAGAAAAUCAUGGCCCAGAUUGAGCGAGGUGAAGCCCGCAUCCAGAGGAGAAUCAGCAUCAAGAAAGCGCUGGAUGCUAAGAUCGCAAGGUACAAGGCCCCGUUUCACCAGUUACGAAUACAGUACGGCACUAACAAAGGAAAGAACUAUACUGAGGAAGAAGACAGGUUCCUGAUCUGUAUGCUGCACAAGAUGGGCUUUGAUAAGGAGAAUGUGUACGAGGAACUCCGGCAGUGUGUUCGAAAUGCACCCCAGUUCCGUUUCGACUGGUUUAUCAAGUCCCGCACCGCCAUGGAGCUCCAAAGACGGUGUAAUACCCUGAUUUCCCUGAUAGAGAAGGAAAACAUGGAGAUUGAGGAAAAGGAACGUGCAGAAAAGAAGAAAAGGGCCCCCAAAAGUCAAACUGUGCAUAAAAGGAAGGCAGACGGACCUUCGGAGUCCACAGGACGUAAAGACAAAAAAGCAAAAACCUAAAGGCUCCAUGUACGGUAUCGCUUACACAUCCAGUUUUUGUUUGGGGGAAAAAAAAAAACAUGUUGCGUUCAUUAUAGGUGGCAGGUGCAAAUUGUUGUGGAAGUGAGUCGCUACUUAUGAUUCUUACUCCAUUUUGUAUUCUGGUUGCAAUUGUUCAAUGCACUUUGAAACUUUACAAAUUGUGUUUGUUGAAUUGUUAAUAUUGUCCCAUGUCUUGUUAAGUUAGCAUGCUAAGAGAAGGGCCUUUGUAUGCCUGUGUUUUUACUAUUUUUUGACAUAUCAGAAAUUGUUUUGAAGCUAUAUGCUAGAGGAAUUAUG